AUGGCUGCUGACGCGCCAAAUUUCGAGCGCGUUUACCCAGAAAUACCACAACGCACAGGAAAAAUCAAUAACAUAGAGAAAUUCGAUGCAGAAUAUUUUGAUAUUUCCUUCGAUGAAGUCGCCGUGAUGGAUCCUAUGGGUAGAAUGUUAUUAGAACAUACCUAUGAAGCUAUUAUCGAUGCAGGAGUAAAUCCGAAAGAUAUACGUGGGACAAAAACUGGAGUUUUUAUCGGGGCAUGUUUUUCUGAAUCGCAAGGAAAUUGGUUUUACGAAAAAUUGCAGGUAUCAGGUCCUAUAAUUCUUGGAUGUAGCAAGGCUAUACUGGCAAAUCGAAUAUCUAACUGGUUAGGUAUAACAGGUCCGUCUUAUCAAAUCGAUAGCGCUUGCAGUUCAAGUCUCUUUGCUAUGGAGCAUGCUUAUAGAAGUAUGCGAUCGGGGGAGUGUGACGCCGCUAUCGUCGGUGGUGCAAAUCUCUGCUUACAUCCCAAUUUAUCCUUGCAAUUCGCACGACUUGGAGUUUUAUCGCUUAACGGAAUUUGUAGAUCUUUCGAUGAAAACGCAAACGGUUAUAUGCGUAGCGAAACAAUCGGUAUAGUAUACCUGCAAAAAGCAAAGAAAGCUAAGAGAAUUUAUGCAACCAUUGUGUAUGCCAAGACAAAUUGUGACGGAUACAAAGAACAAGGCAUUACUUUCCCGUCCAGCAAAAUGCAAGAAGCUUUGCUUCAAGAGUUUUACGAUGAAUGCAGUAUAUCACCAUCUUGCUUAGCUUUUAUGGAGGCUCAUGGUACCGGUACCAAAGUUGGCGAUCCGGAAGAAAUUAAUGCACUUGAGAAAGUUGUCUGCAAGAAUAGGAAGACUCCAUUGUUAAUUGGUUCUGUCAAGUCAAACUUGGGUCACUCUGAAGCUGCUGCAGGUUUAUGUCAAAUUGCUAAGGUUAUAAUUGCAAUACAAACCGGCAUAAUUCCGCCGAAUAUAAAUUUCACACAAGUACGGAAAGGUGUUAAGGCUUUUGAGGAUGGAAGUAUUCAUGUAGUGAAUACUCCAACACCAUGGAAUCCCGGUUUUGUGGGUAUUAAUUCGUUUGGCAUUGGCGGAGCCAAUUGUCAUAUUUUGCUACAAUCUAACUUGAAGCAAAAAAUUAAUGGAGGAGCGCCAAAUGAUGAUAUACCAAGACUCGUCGUUGUAUCUGGUCGUACUGAACAAGCAAUCGAAUCAUUAUUAAAUGAGAUCAAGAAUCAGCCGAUAGACGUCGAAUAUAUCCGGCUGUUGCAUGAUCUUCACGCUGACGAUAUACAAGGUCAUCCUUAUAGAGGGUACGCAAUUAUCGAAUCUAAAGCAUCGAUAAAAAUGAUGAAAGAAAUACAACAUUAUUCAGGUAAAAGAAAGCCAAUUUGUUUUGUGUUUUCCGGAAUAGGAUCGCAAUGGCCUGGCAUGGGUCAAGCGUUACUGCGAUUCCCGACAUUUUAUAAAACUGUAAAAAAGUGCGAUACUAUUUUGAGGACACAUGGAAUGCGUAUCAUUGAUGUAUUAACAAGUAAACACGAAGCAAUCUUUAACAGUAUAUUGAACUCGUUAGUUGGUAUUACUGUAAUGCAGAUCGGAUUAAUCGAUCUUUUAAAAUCCGUAAAUAUCGUGCCAGAUCAUGUUGUCGGUCAUUCGAUCGGCGAACUCUGUUGCGGAUACGUGACUGGUAAUUUUACAAUGGAACAAGUGCUUCUCUCCUCGUAUUAUAUAGGAUUGGCGUUGAGUGAAACAAAAAUAGUUCAUGGCGCCAUGGCGAACAUUGAUCUUAGUUAUGAAAAUGCUAAGAACAUAUGUCCACCGGAUAUUGAUAUAAUCUGCAAUAUGAGUCAUAAUACUUGCUCUAUAAGUGGGCCAAAAGAAUCAGUAACAGCAUUUAUAACAAAGUUACAGGACUUGUCAGUUUUUUCGAAAGGUAUUACAUUUUACAGCGUUAUGGUGGACAACUUAUUUUCAGCUACAAAGCGUGGUAUUGAACAAAAAACGGUAUUGAAUAAGAUGCUAGUCAAUGGUCUUAUUAGCGGAGCCAUCAAGCCAAUUAGCAGGAAAGUUUUCCAAAGAGACGAAGUCGAGUCUGCAUUUAGAUACAUGACAGCUGGAAGGCAUAUAGGAAAAAAAUACAAAGUGUUCCAAUAUAAUUGGAAUCUAGUCGUAGUACAACCUAUAAUAAAGGAUGAUUAUACAACAUUGAUAUAA